GGAAUCGCAUCACAAAAUAUUAAACAUGUUUAAACUUUGCGAGCUGACUGAAAUCGAUCGGCCGACCCUGUGGAAUCACAUCUCAAAGUACAAUAUCAAAAAUGUCUUCCAACAGUCUAAAACUCUCUGGUUCUGUUUGGUUUAACCCACAAUUCCCUAAAUCAUGUGAGAAGUGGGUUUGCAGUGGUGUCAGUCUGUGAAGAGUUUUCUAAAAUGCAGAAUGUUGUUGCUGCACUACUUUAAUGCACAUUUUCAUGCAGCCCAUUUUUCUGAUCACACAGGUUAGGCCAGAUCUUUUCAACCUUUAGUGUGUCCGGACCCCUAGAGACAAAACAGCAGAAGUUGCAGAUUUCAAGUUAACUGCAAUAUUUAAUAAGUAACUUGUAAUCUGCAGCUUUUUAGGAGCUGAGAACAAUUAAAAAGGUCUAAUUAAGCAAAUUAUUAGUUCAAUUAAGGGUCUAGUUAUGUAAUUGAGAGCUCAUUUGGAAUGAAAACCAGCAGACAAAGGGGGUCCCACUGAAGUAGAGCCUGAUACAGAACGGGUUGUCCGUUGAAAACAAGUAGGCCGAGCACUUUCAUGUAAAUAUUUUUUUGUUUUUUUUUAAUUAAUCAUACAUCCAGUAUUGACAGAAGUGCAAGGUCCAGAAAAGUUUAAAUAAUGAUUUGGAAAUCCCAGUUCCCGAAAAUACACCCCCGCCACCCCCUCCCCCCUUAAUACCAACAUAAAAGCAGCCGCCUGUGAGCUUGCGCUACUCGGGUCGAGAGGAGCAGGAAGGGAACAUGAGCAAAUCUGCGGUACUUCUGGUGCUGGUGGCAUUAACUGUGAAUGUCAACGGAGAAUGUGACUAUCCUCCAUAUUAUGACCAUACCAUACUGAGAGAAGAAUAUCAAGCCCAUUCACCAUCUGAGUUUAUAGAGGGAUUUAAAGUUGCUUACUACUGUCAGAGUGGGUAUGUGAGGACAGCUGGAUCUGCAUCAAUUACUUGUAUCAAUAAGAUGUGGUCAGCAUUGACCUUGAAGUGUGAACGAAAGUCCUGUGGCUUUCCCGGGGAGAUUCUGAAUGGAAACUUCCAUUCUGGUGGAGGACACCUCUUUGGAGAUGAGGUUUACGCUGAAUGCAAUGAGGGGUACCAGCUCGUUGGGAGGGGCACCAGACGGUGCUAUGCAGAUGGCUGGGAUGGACAAGUCCCUCUAUGUGAAAGUGUGAAGCGCACCUUCUGGAACAGAUUUAAAAAUGCUGUUAAAGAAACCGUUUCCGAGGUCAUCCACUGGUGGAAUUGACACGCCUAAUAACGCUUUAGAACGGAUUACUAUUUCACUGAUGAAGGUACUUGCCUUCACACUGUUGUAUAUAUACAGUGGACUCCCGUUAAUUUGUGUUUCAGUAACUUGUGUUUUUGAUCAUCCGUGCGGUUUAAUACAGUAAAUUAUCAAAAUGCAUUAGUGCAGAAAUCAGCGUAUCUGUGCAGAAGCCAAGUCAUCAUUUAAUUUAAUUCAAUUCAGUUGAGUACAGUAUAGUGCAUGGCAACAGACAGCACUGUAUUGUAGUUAUUGAACAGUGACAAGCGAGCAGAAAGCAGAUUUAAGACUCUCUUAGCCUGGCAGUCUGAAUAUGAAGAGCAGUUACGACAAUUAAAGACUCGGAGCAAGAUCAGUGACUUUUUAAAGCAGCUCUCUCCGUCUCUGAGCAACGCUGAUUAUGCACAGUGUAUCUUUUGUUGGGACAUUAUAGUAUAUUUUAUUUGUAUUAUUGCAUUAUUGCAAGUUUUCAAUUAAUAGCUGUAGAUUUCCUAAACAGUAAACUCAAUUUCGGCUAAUCCAUGUUUUUCACUAAUUCAGGCUCCAGACGGAUUAAUGUGGGUCUACUGUAUAUGUAUGUAUGUAUGUAUGUAUGUAUGUACUGUAUAUAAUAUUCAUACAGUUGUAAUCAAAAGUUUACAUACCCUAAUGGAAAUUAGGAAUUAGAAAUUUGAAAUUUGAAAUUUCUCGAAAACAAAUAAUUAUUGAAAAACUCUUUUGGAGCAAAGGUUUUGCUUUUGUGGAUGAGGAAAAAAGUUACAAGAAAUAGAUGUCUACAGUUAUUUAUUUCAGCAUUUUUUUUUUGUUUUGCAAAACUCAAAAAAUGCUAAUUCAAAAGUAUUCAUAUCCUGACAAGGAAAAUGAAAUUAAUAGCUAGUUGAGGCACCUUUAGCAAUAAUAACCUCUUUUAAACAAUUAGGAUAUUUGUCAAUGAGUUUUUGGCAUGAUUUUUUUUGUGUUUUUGACCAUUCAUCAAAGCAAAAUUGUUCCAGUUCAUUCAAAUUCCAAGGACUUCUCUUGUGCACAAUACCAAAGAUUCUCAAUCAGAUUUAGACCGGGACUUUGACUAGGCCAUUCCAGAACCUUCAUUUUAUUCUUCUUUAACCAUUCUGAAGUAGAUUUUGAUGUGUGCUUUGGAUCGUUGUUGUGUUGGAAUGUCCAGUUACACUUUAAAAGUUUUGUAGUGGAGGGUUUCAGAUGAUUGGCCAAUAUCUAUUGGUCUGCUAUGGAAUCCAUUUUAUCAUGUAUUGGAACUAAAUUUCCUGUGCCAUUAGAGGAAAAACAGCCCCAUAGAAGGAUAUUACCACCUCCAUGCUUGACAGUAGGUGUGGUGUUCUUUUCUUUGUACGCCUCACCAGACUUUCUCCAUAAGUAAUCACUAUCACCGUGACCAAAUAGCUCGAUUUUUGUUCAUAUCCAUCAUUCAAAUGCUGUUUUGCAAACUUUCAGUGAUUGUCCUUGUGACAUUUUCCUAUGAGUGGCUUUUUCCUUGACCUGCGAACCAUUGAGACCUUCAUCAUGCAAUAGUCGACCUAUGGUUGAAAUGGAAACCCCAGUCCCACUUGCAGCCAAUUCACUUUGAAUAUCUUUGCCAGUCAAUCUCUGAUUGUUAUUAACCUUCCUCACAAUUCUUCUACUUGUUCUUGCUGAAAAAACCUUCUUUCUUCCAGACCGAGGGAGCGUUGUGACAGUACCAUGAGUCUUGUACUUUUUGAUAAUAGAAACAAUAGUUGAAAUUGGGAUACUUCAGAUGCUUGGAAAUCUUGUAUCCUUCUCCAGCUUUAUGACAAUAAAUAUUUUUUUGCCAAAGGUCUUCAGGUAGCUCUUUACUUUUUCCCAUAUUGACUUAAUGGUAAUGACAGCAGUCAUCCUAUGCCUAACCCUUUUAUACUCUCUAAGAAUGUUCACCUACAAUCCAGCAUUUCAUAGACUUUUCUAGAAUUAGGUUCUGCAUUAACAUAUUGAAAUUUCUAGCACCCUGUAGAUAGUACUAUUAUAGCAUCAAAGGGUAUGAAUACUUUUGAAUUAGCAUUUUUUGAGUUUUGCAAAAGAGAUUGCUGAAAUAAAUAAUUGUAGUCAUCUAUUUCUUGUAACUUUUUUUCCUCAUCCACAAAAGCAAAACUUUUGACUACAACUGUAUAUAUAUAUAUAUAUAUAUAUAUAUAUAUAUAUAUAUAUAUAUAUAUAUAUAUUAGUGAUGGAGUAUAUGUUUCGAACCUUAAUUUGCAGGCUUUAGGACCCUGGGUUUAGGAACAUGCACUCCACCUCAAAAAAGGCUUAUUAUUAAAUUGUAAAAUUGAAACUGAUAAUUGUGGGGGCUUUGAAGGAGGCGUUGUGCUCGAGUGUUGGGGAGAGAGAAGGUGAAAACGAGCCAGUAUGGAAGAAAACUAUUGAAAGAAAAGGUAACAGACGUGUUUACAGGCCGCCAGAACUUUCAAAUCAGGGCAUAAAUACCAGCUUUCUUGCGUUAAACACCAGCAGCUGCCAUGUACAGUAUACAGCAAUCUGCCAGCACCACGGCACGGGUCUGUGUUGGACGAGACACUAAAACCUAAAGGUCCCACGACUUUAAAAUGUACUGCGCGGGUAACAACGUUGGCAACUUGUAUGCUAUCAAGUUCUGUGAUUGCAGGGAGUCUGACCUUGCACCAUGCGCAGCUGUGAUCUGGACAAAGAAUACAGACCGCUACAUGAACCAUGGAUCCGGGCCUACAGAGUGCCUUGUCAGCUUUCUGUCAGUAAAACAACAGCAAGUUAAAAGAAAUCUCAGCAAAUGCAACUAUAUCAUGCACACGAACCUGCUUUAAUCUUGGGUACAAGGGUUACUGCACUGGACUGCAACUUCUAGAGGCCUGGGUUUCAAUCCAGUUCAGGUCACAAGCGUUUAGGGUUUACCGGUCUCAGCAGUUUACAAGUCAUGUCGUGCAUUUAUGGCACAAAUGUUAUUCAGAAGAAGAUACGCAGUAAGAAACUCCUGCCUAGGAGACACUACUGGUGGCUCUACCUAAGGUGCCAAAUCCUGCUGCUAUUUGGCACAACACCUGUGGAAGAGAUUGCAUGUACUGUGAUAAAUUACAUUUCAAAUCUUUAAAGACUUAGAUGCUGUGAUGUUAAUUGAGUUUGUCAUCCCCUUCCUUCCUUCAACCCUUAACAUUCUCUAGCUCUGCUUCAAAGGACUAGAUAUUAGUAACAGAAGGUCGUUAAGAUUUCCAUUAGGGAAUAGUUGAGAUUACUUGCUGUGCUGACCUGCCAGUCUGGUCUAAACAAACUAAGCUGGUUCUUAUGUUAAGAAUGUCUGUCUGAAAGCCACAAUUUUCUAAAGAAGUGCGCCACCUGGUGGAUGCAUGCAAACCAGAAGUAAAAACGUUUAAUGCAACGUAACGCUUUGCUAAGAUUAAAAAUACAAACAAUUAUACUUUGAUGAACAAUUGAAACAAGAUAAUACUUUAACUGAACUCAUGAUAUUGUGUGCGUUUGAAAACAACAACUGCACACGUUAGAACCAUUUAAACAUUGAUUGAGUUUAUCUACAAGUGUGAAGUAACUCUGGAUUAAAACUUAAUACUAAAGGCAAUUGAAACUGCUUCCUAACUGAAACACAAAUGCAGUCUUCGUUCCAACACAACAGACGUGGCUUACAAAAAUAUUUGUAGAAAUGUUUUAUUCCUGCUGGUGUCUAUACUUAUAAUUCUGGUACCAUGAUUUCUAACUUCUAUCUUCUUACUUUUGUGAGCCUUAAUAAACUCAUUUUUUAUGUG